UCAGCUGUCAUCGACGGGCAAACCAAAACAUUCUUUCCGGUUUUUUGUGUUAUUCAAUCCUGGAAAAGGCGCCUGCAAAUCCUUCGUGAUGCAGCUAACUAGGCUCAUACCAGCGGCUGUACCGUAUUUUAAUGGCACUUUUGUACGCUGCAUUUCUUCCAACAGUGCCGCAGUCGUAAAAGUGCAUCGCAGCAUCUAUGCCCGGCGGUACCCCACGAUGAUGGUACUCCCGGAUGGGGCCACCAUCAACAUAAGCUACCACGAGCCCAGAAGGAUCAUCAAGCUUCCACUGGACCUGAGUUCACUUUCCGAGGCUGAGCGUAAGGCGCGUAUCGAAAAGCGUAAACCAAAGCAAAAGAUUCGGAUCGAAGACGAUGUCGAGGAUACGUUUAACGCCAACAAGUAUCUGAAGUAUAUGAAACGGAAGUAGAUCAGGAAUAGUUGGACGAAAUAGUUGUAAAUAAAGCGUCGUAGAUUCGACUUGUUGAUGAGCUAGAAA